AUGAACACACACACGAGCGCGUUGACGUCAUCCUCCGCCCGAGCGGCUCUCGUGAAUACCAAAGUCCUCUCGCUUCGAAAGAAAGGACGACAUGCUUCCUCCUCUUCCUCCUCCUCAGGAAAACAAACUAAAAAACAGACGAUGAUAAUAAAAGCGGUAUCGAACUCGGUCACGCCAGACAACGAUUGGGGAGAAUCCACGCAAGCCGUUCACAACGGCGAGAGAGGUGGGAGACCGAGAAUCUCAGAUUCCUUGACGACUCCAAUCGUGUGCACGUCCACGUAUACGUUUAAAGAUACCCAAGAGUUGAUCGAUUAUCAAGAGGGUAACUACGGGUCGUUCGAGUACGGGAGGUACGGGAACCCGACCACGCGGGCGGCGGAAGAGAAAAUUCGCUUAUUGGAAGGUGGCGACGAUUGCUUACUAUCUGCUUCCGGGAUGUGCACCGCAGUGACCAUGCUUCUUUCUUUGGUUCCAGCCGGAGGACACAUCGUCACCACUACGGAUUGCUACAGAAGAACCCGUCAGUUUAUCCAAACGUUUCUCCCGAAGAUGGGUAUCACGUCGACGGUUUUGGAUCCGUCCGAUUACGAUGGUUUGCAAAAAGCCUUGGACGAACACGACUGUUCCUUGUACUUUUCUGAGUCGCCGACGAACCCUUAUUUAAGGUGCGUUGAUAUCGACAGAAUUUCAAAGAUGUGCAAACCAAAAGGAUGCUUAGUGUGCAUCGACGGGACUUUCGCGACGCCGUGUAACUUGAAGCCGCUCAAGUUUGGAGCAGAUCUGGUCAUUCACUCCGCGUCCAAGUAUAUGGGAGGUCACAACGACGUGCUAGCUGGUGUCAUUGUUGGACAAAAAGAAGCCGUGAGUAAAGUGAGAGCGUUCCACAACAUUGUCGGAGGGGUUUUGGACCCGCACGCGGCGUACUUGAUUUUGAGAGGUUUGAAAACGUUGAGUUUAAGAGUCGAAAGACACAACUCGAACGCGCAAAGGUUAGCCGAAUGGUUGGAGGCACACCCAAAGAUUGCGAAAGUUCACUAUCCGGGCUUGAAAUCGCAUCAAGAUCACGAGGUAGCGAAGAAAUAUAUGACUGGUUUUGGCGGGGUUGUUUCUUUUGAAGUCGACGGAGAUUUGUGGCAAACCGCCAAGUUUAUCGACGAAUGCAGGUUGCCGUACAUCGCGCCAUCUUUGGGAGGUGUCGAAUCGUUGAUCGAACAACCGACGGUUGUUUCUUACUGGGAUCAAGGACCUGAAAAAAGAGCGGCGAUUGGUAUUAAAGACAAUCUCGUUCGAUUCGCGUGUGGUAUCGAAGAUUACGCAGAUAUCGAAGCGGAUUUCAAACAAGCGUUAGAUAAAAUCUAG